CGCCCCUCAGCGGGACCGGAGGCGGCCGCUGGCUGAGCCCGGGCGGAGGGGGUCGGGGACGUCUUCUUUCUGCUUCCCGACCCCUCGGCGCCUGCUCGGAGAGGAGCGAAGCGGCGGUAUCCCCCUCCCCAGACAGGGCCUGCGGGCCGAGCCCCGCCGCCGCCACCCCUCCCCCCGGCUGGCCGGCCUCCCCGGGCCGCACCCCGCCUUCCCUCCCUCCGCAGCGUCGCCCUGCCGAGCCGGGAGAAGGGGAAUGGGCGGUCCCGGCCCUUAGCCCCCGGCUGCGGCUGCUGCUCCUCCUCCUCCCGGGUCCCAGCGUCUCGGUGGCCUCCGCCCGAUGCUGGCGGAGCUGACUGGGGUCUCCGCGGCGUUGUGAGCGGUCCCGUAGCCGCCAUGUCCGGCGUGGUGCGCACCCUGAGCCGCUGCCUGCUGCCGGCCGAGGCUCCGGGCCGUACCGGGGAGCAGCCGCGGCGGGAGGGCAAGGAGCGGAGCCGCGAUGCGGAGCGGGAGGCGCGGCGGCGGAGCCGGGAGAUCGACGCGAUGCUGGCCCGGGAGAGACGGGCCGUGCGCCGACUGGUCAAGAUCCUGCUGCUGGGAGCCGGCGAGAGCGGCAAAUCCACCUUCCUCAAGCAGAUGCGGAUCAUCCACGGCCGCGAGUUCGAUCAGAAAGCGCUGCUGGAGUUCCGGGCCACCAUCUACGAGAACAUCCUCAAGGGCUGCAGGGUUCUGGUUGAUGCACGGGACAAACUGGGAAUCCCUUGGCAGUACACAGAGAAUGAGAAGCAUGGAAUGUUUUUGAUGGCUUUUGAGAACAAGGCCGGGAUGCCCAUCGAGCCUGCCACCUUCCAGCUCUAUGUGCCUGCACUGGGGGCUCUCUGGAGGGAUUCUGGAAUCAAGGAAGCCUUCAGCCGCCGGAGCGAGUACCAGCUGGGUGAAUCAGUGAAAUACUUCCUGGAUAACCUGGAUAGGAUCGGCCAGCUGAAUUAUUUCCCUAGCAAGCAAGAUAUUUUGCUGGCUAGAAAAGCCACCAAGGGGAUAGUAGAGCACGACUUCAUCAUUAAAAAAAUACCUUUCAAGAUGGUGGAUGUGGGUGGACAGAGAUCUCAGCGUCAGAAGUGGUUCCAGUGUUUUGAUGGGAUAACUUCCAUUUUGUUCAUGGUCUCCUCCAGCGAGUACGAUCAGGUCCUCAUGGAGGACCGGCGCACAAACAGACUCGUGGAGUCCAUGAACAUCUUUGAGACAAUAGUCAACAACAAGCUGUUCUUCAAUGUUUCCAUCAUCCUAUUCCUCAACAAGAUGGAUCUGCUCGUAGAGAAGGUAAAGACUGUCAGCAUUAAGAAGUAUUUCUCGGACUUCAAAGGUGACCCUCACAGGCUAGAAGAUGUGCAACGUUACCUGGUGCAGUGCUUUGACAGGAAGAGGAGGAACCGCAGCAAGCCGCUCUUCCACCACUUCACCACUGCCAUAGACACUGAAAACAUCCGUUUUGUCUUUCAUGCUGUGAAGGACACCAUCCUUCAAGAGAAUCUGAAGGACAUUAUGUUGCAGUGAAGGAGAGCAGCCAGUGUUCUGUGUAAAAUUUCCCAGAGGGUUAGAUCAAAGUUUUUCCACCUGUCUUUAUGGCCCUCGCAUGUGGUGUAGGACCCGUGCUAAUUACUUGGCUCAGGAAUGCUGUAAAAACAAGCCAGUCCCAACAGAGGAGCUAUAGGCUGAAGGAGUCAAAUGUUGAUGUGAGCUACUGAAUCAUUUGGACUAGAAACACUACUGAAACCUGGCCAUUGUAGGUUCUGUACCUAGUUUGGAAUGCUGAGUAACACAACCACCUUCUGCCUUCUUAGAGAAAAGGAAUCUCUGACAAACUGUCUAUGGAAGACACAUUGUUUUAAAUGAAUAUGCUAAUUUUUCAGAGACACUAAUCAUACAAACUGCCUUUUUUUUUUUUCCUUUGUAGUUUGGAGGUGCUGAUUGGAUCAAACUAACCUAAACAUAAUGAGAUUGGCAGCUGUAUUGGAGAACAUCAAUGGAAGUUCCAUUUUUAACCCCUAGGAAUGUAACCAUCUUGUGUGCAUGUUCAGCUUUGCCAAAGCAAUUGUCAUUGUGGAUGCACAGCUCUUGUCUGAAGGCUUUGCAUGAUUCUGAGGCAAAAGUCCAAAACUAAGAGGAAAGCCCAUGUUGGAGUAGAUUGGGUGGGAAGUUAAUGCCUCACUGAUAAAGAGAAGGGGUAAUUUUGCACUAUGUGUGAAGGGUAUUAGAUCAUGGUAAAACUGAUUUCCUUGGUGAAGCACCCAACCAUGUAUCUGCACAGUGGGUGCUUGAUUGAGAUGUAAUUCAUGGAAAUGCAGCACUGUUCUCACCCCCCCCUCACCCCCCCAGCAGGCACUGUUUGGGAAGGUUCAGUAUCUCAUGUGACAGGGCUUUAUCUGUAUCCAGAAGUUUGAAAGCUGAUCAAACUCUUAAGCAGAGGUUUUGGUAGUACAGCAGCUGCUUGAUUAGUUCCCAAGAGCUGACUUUGGAGGAAGAGUGAACACCCUAGAGAUCCCAGUUUUACAGCUGCACUGAUGUAUUUGGACAGCAAAACCUGGCUGUCACUUAGCCUUUAAUCUGUGUCUUAAUGGGAUCUUUAGCCUGUAGUAAUGCACAUUAAUUCUGAGUACAGUCAGGCUUGAAGUUGCCCAUUUUGGGCAAUGGUUUGUGUGUGCAAUUGCAAGAGGCUAUGAGAAGUGUUGCUACAAACUGUUAAUUUCCCAGUUCUCUCAGUCUGUGUAACUAUCAGGUGCCUUUUGUUUGUGUGCAAACAUAUCAGAUCUUUUCUACUACAGUGGGGUACACGGGCAAACUGAAGAUCUGCCUUUUAUAUCAAGGUUGUAGUGCUAUCCUUUAGGUAACUUUCAAACAUAGCUUACUGUGCAAUUUUUGUCAUAGUUUUUAUCUGAGAAUAAAAACCUGAAGGGCUGUUUGUACCCGUAAAAAGUCAGCAGAUUCCCUGGAGUUCUUCUCCCCUUUGAGCCUGUAAUGGCAUGUCAAAACAAGCAACAUUUUACUUCAGCUGGUAAUCCCAUGGGAAAUGUGGUCAAAAAAGUCCUGUUCCGUUGUCCUUUCAUGUUAAUUUGGAUAAAAUCUGGAAUCUUUCUUCCUCUCUGAAGCUUGCAGAUGUUCAUAUCAGUAUUUCUUUGUCAUUUCCUAAUGUAGGAGUCUCAUGGCUUUCUUUGUGCAGGCUUCAGAGUGGAAAAGAUGUGGUUAUUUCAGUGCUAUGUAACUUGCUUAUUGAGGUAAGAAGCAGCUGAAAAGUUGCAGAUGGGAAAAUCUAACUUAAAUGUGAGCAAAUUAAACAGGAAUUACCUUCCUUGUAACAAGUCUUAGUUUUGCCAGGACCAACUCUGUCUUUUAAAUAUUUAUUCAUUUUUAACCUUGAAGGGGAAAAAUGGUAUGUGGCUCUAAUAUUCAGAUGGGGGGAAACUCUUAAGAUUAUAUUACAUUUGAAAGGUAAAUGUUUCAACACAGAGGGAUGCAAACAAGCUUACUCAUCACAUAAGAUUUGUUUCUCUAAGCUAACCCAUUUGUUUGGCUGAAGACUAACACUGUUUUCAAAGCUUUCAGAUCUUCUUGGAGUUCUUGGUAGUGGUUUCCACUUCACACAAGACACUGGGAAAGAGGAGGCUGUUUUGGGCUGACCUGACUUCUAGGUUGACUUGACUUUAUUUCCUAGUUUGCAGUGAGCUUUAUUCUUUCACUAAAUUUUCUUGGUGGGUUACUAUCAUGCUUGUUUUCUCAAACGAGUUAAGCAUUCCCUUUCAGCUGUAUUUUUUCUCAAGAAUUACCUCAGAUUUAUGUCUAAGUCUACUGUAGUUUUACCUGGGAGGCACAGCAUGGAAUUUCCUGUUGCAUUUUUCUGUUCAUGACCAUCCAUGAUUUUGUAUCCUUGGUCACCUUACCAAUUUAAAAUUCUGAACAGAGCUAAUAGUAGAACUUAUUUAAAGUAACUUAAUCUGCACCUGGAAGAGUGUGAAAUAUCUCUUAUUGAGCUCUCAAGGUUUUUUGUUUUGUUUUUUUUUUGUCUGAUGUGGUAGUUUUGCACACUAACUCAGAGUUUUAGGGAACCAGUCUUAUCACCUCAGGCCCAUUAUUGCCUUUUGUUUUAUUGAUAAAAUGGACCUUAGUGUGAUGCUAUGGACUGCAGAUAAAAAUCAGUAGCUUGGCUCUGUAUGCUGUGUUCUGUUGAACUUUGAAUAGUGAUGGUUCACACCAGGGUACCCAAGAUCAGGAAACUCUGCUUGUAAAAGUCAAGCACUUCUCAAACUCACACAGAAUCUGGCCUGGGAGUUAAAAGGACUUCUUUUUUUUUUUUUUUUUUUUAAGUGGCAGCUUUCUCUGAGAAAUAUGCUCCACUUUCUUGCCAUGGCUGAGGGCUUUUGUGUUUGGAGGGUUUUUUUCAAGGUAAGUUGUAGUAUAAUAAAGCCAGAAAGUCAUGUUAUGGUAAAUCAGUUAGACAUGAAAGCAGAAUUUAGGUAGGUUGGAUCACAUGAACAUCUCAGGACAGGCUUGGUUGGUUGCUUAGUCCUUUCUCAAGCAACAAAUAGAAAAUUUUAUUUUAAGUGACAUCCUGGAGAACUUUGCAGGUAAACACAGCUGGAGAGAACAUCUUUUUUUGUUAACUUUAUAGGCUUAUUGUUCAUUUGGCCAGUCAGGAAAUGGGUCACAGGCAGGAUGAUAAUCAGAUGGAGACCUUGAACAACAACUUUUUAAAAAUAAAAAAGAGUGAGCAGCCUUUUGCUGUCCCUUCUCUGACACCCACAGGUCAGUGACCAGUGAGGGGAUGUUGCAAGCAGGUUGUCUCAGAAGGACAAAGAAAGGAAGUGCUUGCAGCUUGUGCUUGCAGGAGAUGUGUGUAAUCUUGCAGUUAAAGGAGAGAAACUAACAGUUAGCUAGUUUGUUAGGGAGUCAUUUAUCAAACACUACUAAUUUGGCCUCAAAAUAGGCUUUAAGCUAAUACAGGGUGUCAGUCAGUACCAUUCCUUCAGACUGCAGUGCUGUCAUUCUCUGAGUAAUGUUUGGGUGGCAUUACAAAGUGACAUGGUGAAUUGGAAUCAAAAAGGAAAAAGAGUUUUCUGUGACAUUUUUAAUAAGCAGUUGUCACUUUGAAGGAAUUAAAUAGUUCUUAAUGUAGAAAGGAAAUAAAUACCAGUUAUGGAAUGGAAAUUACUGGCCACUCAGCUUUACACUAUAACUCAAAGAUCCUUCCAGUUUGACACCAAGGAUUGAUCUUUCUUUAUUUCAUAUGACAGCAUAGGUUAUUUGAGUUAUUAACUUGAUAGUAUAUACAUUUUUUUUUAAAUACUGCUGUGCAAAACCUAGAGUUAGGCAUGUUACAGGCAUGAAGAAGCUCCUGAAAAUGACUGUUUGUAGGCUUUCUGAGCCAACUAAAUCCUGAACCUCAGCCAAGCAAGCAGAGAGGAGAAAUGAGUGAAAUGGAAUAGGAAGAGCUCAUCUGUGUAUGGCACUGCAGACCAAAAUUUAAUUCCAUCAGAAUAGCUAAAAGAAUUUUUGGCAUGCGAAAUCGUGCAUUUGAAAAGUGUGUCUCAUCCUGUCUGUAGGUUAUGUGCUUAUCCCCCUCCAAGUAUUCACCAGGCCUGGUUACUGUAUCUGCAAAGAAUUAAAGGCAUUAAAAGAACAGACAUGGAACCAGCUUUCUUAUGUGUCAGACAACUACCUUCCAAACAGUAUCAUUUUAGAAAACAAGCCCUUUGCUGCCUUUCUGAAUCUUAACUUCAUGUUUUGGAGUCUUUUCUCUGUAUGUUCUUCUUUAGUUCUCCUGGAAACAAAACAUUCUGCUGCAUGGAACUGCAGGAUUUCUGUAAAAGGCCCUCUGAUUUUCAAGCAGUGAGUUUUGAUACCUGCCUUAGUUUUAUUUGUCAGCAGAUUUUCAGGAGUGCUUUCUGGGCUGACAAUUUGAUGCAUGCCAGCUUGAGACUCAUACAGUGCAGCUUGUCAUGUGAGCCAAACACUGAUCUCUCAUGAUAACUAUAUUGAUAACUCUAAGUUUAGUAGUAGCCUCUUUUCUAUAUAAUUUUUCUAGUGUUAAAUCACAUGGGGUAGUCAGGGGUUUUAAUAUAGCACUGCCAACUCUUUACCUCAGUACAUUCUUCAUUAAUUCUCCAGCACAGGGAGUGGUGGGUCAGGUGUUUCAGUAGCAACCAUCAAACAUCUGUGCCUACUUCUGUGAAUGGGUUUUUAACAGAUUUCUGGGGAGUAUCUGUGAAGGGACAGGAAGACUGACUGGCAUGGUCUGGGCCAGACUUGGGCUGAGUGAAUAUUGACUCCAUGCACUUAUAGAUGAGGACUGGCUUAGCCUAGUGAAGAAGGAACUGGCAAGACAAUACAAGCCCUAGUGCUUUUUAAUAUUGCCUGUUUUGUAAUUAGCUGGGGUGAUCUCUGCUUUGUGCUGUGAAGUGGGCACUUCUUUGUUUUAACACUUCUCUAGGUUUUUUUACAUAGAUGGAUAUGAGUAAAGCCAGAAUAUUUGGAGCUGAAACUGCUGCUCCACUAACCAGGUGAUGCUCCCUUUGCUCAUCUUGGUGGCUGGAAGUUUGGCUUGAUUCUCAAAGGUUUUAUCUUUCUAAUGGCAUUUGGAAAGCAGUGUUGAAGCUUGUCUGUGUGUUGAUAUGCUUGUUUUCUUGUUGGGUGGGGAGUAUGGAGGUUCUAGAUUGUCAGUGCUAGUGGUUUUGUGCCUGACUUGAUGAACUGUAUCACAAUCUGGCUCUUGGCCUGUGUCCAAGAGUCAUAGCUUCUGUGAAAAUAUUUACAGCCAGAGAGGGGAAAAAAAAAACCAAACCAAAACAACAAAGCAGCACUGACUUCCAAGGUGGAUGUUCUGGUGAAAGAACCAAGGUAUGUUGGAAGGGAGCAAGAGAGGGGAGCUGUUUUCUACACAGAUCCCAAAGGCUGAUGGUGCUUGGAGACUGUUGAAGUGCAAUGCCAUCUGCAUUGACCCCAAAAGCUUUGAGUGACUCCAAAGAGCUAUUGGCUGUGAAUUAACAGCAGCAGGCUGGCAAGGUUGGCCCUGCUGUAGCUGCCCACCCUUCCAUUGUAAAUCUCUCUUCAUCUUUUUAUAACUGGGUGUUAAAACUCAACUCCUAUUAAAACAUGAUACCCAGCUCUCUGGCCAGACAGUGGAUCUUGCUCCUUUCUAACAGCCACUUAACCUUUCUUCAAGGUAGCAGAGCAUGAGAAGUAUUUCAGGGGAAUGGCUAGGGAAGAGACUAUUUCCAUUAUUUCAAUAAAAACUACAACUGAUGGAGAGUAAAUUUUUAUUUUUGGUAAGACCUGAGAAAGCAUCUUGGAAGGGAAGAAACAGAUUUUGACUAUCACUGCUUCUCUGCUGAUACUACUUCUAAAUCUCUUGUGCUGAGCUUGUGUGCAGGUGGUUGGGCACAAAAACUGAGAGGAGAACAGGGAGAAGGGGAAUGUGGAAAAGAAAUGAUCUUUGGUAGUUCAGGAGGCAUGGAAAGCAUGCUGGGGGGAUUUAGGUUUGGGAAGAUGUUCAAACUCCCAUUUGCAUUGAAGCCAUUAAUUAUCUUUAGGAUAAUGAGGGUUUUUUCUAGUGAACAGGCUAUGGAAUCUGGCAUGUGUAACGAGCUUGGGUUGAUGAUACAUUGAUGAUACAGUAUUUCUGGAGACUCCACUUAACAAAAUGGCUGGUUAUUUAUUGCUCUUGUGAUGAGUUGUCUUGUUUAUGGAAUCAUUAUGUAUUAAAGCAAACUGACAAAAACCAAGUUAUCUCAUGACACAAUCAUGUAGCUAGGAAGCCAAUUAAUGUUUCCUUUUAUUCUGCAAUUUACUUGCUCUCUGGUGCCUAUGCAUUGUAACACUCAUACUAUGCAAUAUCAUUCUUUUUUUAAAGCAGUUCACUGCAUUGGGCAAGAAAGGCCUGGGUUUAGCCUUAAUUUUCUAACAAUUCACAGGAAAGUACUUUAAAAACAGUGACAGACUAAAAGAAGGUGAAAAAUGCAUAAAGUAAAAGCACAGUUCCAGACUGCUCACAUAAGUGUCUUUCUAGCACCAAAACAGCAUCCAUGAUAGAAGCAGCUACUUGCUGUAUUAGUUUCAAUUUAUGAAAACUGUGUACUAGAUAAAAUUAUAUUGUGAUGUGUAAAAAGUGUAUUUUAUAGCUUUGGUGACUUAGUUUACUGUUUUGUAUAUAUGAAUUUUAUAAAUCUAUUAAAAGUUGACUUGUUAUACUGUU